AUGCGCGUUUUCAAUCCCUUCGCCGCCCUCCGUGGCCAAAGCAUCACUCUCACCACCACACGCCGCUUCUCCUCAUCUCCCCGCGUCCUCGCAAAGAACCGCGUCUAUCCCUCCCGAAUCCGCAACCCCUCCGAACUCGACACCCUCAUCCUCAUGUCCUCCAGCACCCGCAUGCCCCUCCUCACCCUCUGGACGACGACUUGGGACCCCUCCACCCCCCAGACCUCCGAAAUCCUCAAAUCUCUGAUCGAAGACGAGCGGACCGGAGAGGACAAAGGCGGGGUCUCCUUUGCCGAAGUCGAGAUGGAUUCGCCGGAUCUGGGAGGCGUCAGUGGGGUUGGAAUGGAGCGGUAUCGGAUUGACAAGGUUCCGACUCUGAUUGCGUUUGAUCGCGGGGAGGCGCAGGUUGCGACGAAGGUGGUGGAUCUGGUGGCUUUGGGGAGCAGGGAGUUUUUGAGGGAGUGGAUUGAGAGGGAGGCGGCGAGGCAUGGGGAGGGGGGUGCUGGUGGAGGGGGUGAGGGGAGGAAACAUCUCUUCGGGGGUAAUUGGAUGCAGAGACUGUUCUGA